ACAUUUGCCUGACGUUUGUUUUCAUAAACUUGUCAAAGUUUAUCGCUUACACAUUUUAAUUACGUAUUUCUUUGUUAUUAUUAUCGAACAAUUAAAUAAGGGCAAUUAAAAAUUACUUAAUGCAUUUCAUUAAACAGGAACUUGUGUAAACGGAGUUCAUUUCCUUUGUUAUUAUCAACAAUACCAUUGUAUCUUAAUAUUUUGAAAAAAUGUACGCCCCUCGGGAAGAGUCAGUUAAUAAUAGCGACAGUGACAGUGAUAGCAACUACGAAGAUGAGGACGAAUUAACAAGAAUUCUUCCACCCGAAGUGGAGGACGCUACGACUUGUUUAAAAGCCCGACAUGUACUAGGAAUAAUGGGUUUUUUAGGAUUUGCUAACGUCUACGCUAUGAGAGUAAAUUUGUCAGUGGCUAUCGUUGCGAUGGUUAACAAUACGGCAUUCCCACAACCACCUAGUAAUAACUCAUUCGAAACAUGUCCUGGACCCAAUAUAAACAAUGCGACUACUCCAGACAAUGGAGAAUUUGUGUGGGACGAGAAAACGCAAGGAUUAGUUUUGGGCUCCUUCUUUUAUGGUUACGUCCUAACGCAAGUACCAGGGGGGCGACUCGCGGAGUUAUUCGGAGGUAAAUUGGUAUAUGGUAUAGGAGUUCUGGUAACUGCUGUCUUUACACUACUCAGUCCUGUCGCUGCUAGGAUAAAUUUCCCGCUAUUUAUCAUAGUUAGGAUUCUGGAGGGUAUGGGAGAGGGCGUAACGUUUCCUUCUAUGCACGCGAUGUUGGCUAGGUGGAUUCCACCGUUGGAACGAAGCAAAUUUGGUGCUUAUGUGUACGCGGGUACUAAUUUCGGUACAAUAUUAUCUUUGCCAUUGUCGGGGUGGUUGUGUUCACUGGAGUAUGACGGCGGUUGGCCCCUUUCCUUUUACUUGUUUGGUGUUAUCGGAAUAAUUUGGUUCGUCUUCUGGAUGUUCUUGAUAUAUGACACACCGACAACUCACCCCAGGAUCGAUCCCCAAGAAAAAGCGUUCAUCUUGGCCAGCAUAGGUCCGCAGGAUGAAGACGAAAAGGCGCCUAUACCUUGGAUGAACAUGCUGAAGUGCGUUCCGCUCUGGGCGAUACUGAUCACGCAGUGCGGCAAUUCGUGGGCCUUCUACACCCAGCUAACGGAGUUGCCUACUUAUAUGGCUCAAAUAUUACAUUUCGACAUCCAGUCGAACGCCUUAUUAUCGGCGGUUCCAUAUCUGACUAGUUGGUGGUGUGGUAUUCUAACCAGUAUCAUUGCAGAUUGGCUUCUCAGCAAAGGAUAUUUGUCGCUAUCGACGUCGUAUAAGAUUUUCAAUUCUAUAGCUUCGAUCGUACCCUCGUUGGGAAUCUUGGGAGUGGCGUACGUCGGUUGCGAUAAAGUGGCGGCCCAGUUACUGCUCGCCCUGCCGGGAGCUUUCGCGGGGGCCGUCUACGCCGGGAAUCAGAUGAACCACAUAGCCCUGAGUCCCAAAUACGCCGGGACGAUGUACGGCAUCACGAACGCCGCAGCGAAUAUGUGCGGGUUCUUGGCCCCGUAUGUCAUAGGAUUGAUCAUUGAAGGCAGGGAGACUUUAGGGCAGUGGAGGAUGGUUUUCUACUUGGCGGCCGGGAUAAACAUCGGGGCGAACCUGUUUUACGUGGCAUUCGCCAGUGCGAGGGAACAGCCCUGGUCGAGAUCGCAGAGGCUAAGUACCGUCAACUGACAGGCGCUUUAUCUGGCGAUGCUCGUCGAUGCCUAGUGAAUUAUUACUGUAAGAUAGUUAGGUAAGCAAGGUUUAGACGAUAUUUACCGUUUAAGGCGAAAAUUGUGAUCGUGUUUAUUUUUUUAUUAUAUUUAGGUAAGUUUUAUCUAUGACAGUGGUGGCUUGUUAGUGGGGGCCGAGGGAAAUAUUAUUUUCGGUUUUUUUGCAGCCGUUGUAAAAUUUAAGUAUUUCUAUAUGAUAAAUAAUUGUUUUUUUUUGGUGAUCGAGUAAUUUUCGCUUUUUUUGUGCGAUGCAAACAGUGCAAGAUAUGUGAUAUACGGUUACAUUUGAAUAUUUUAACGACAAAGCGUUUAAGUUGUGUUAUGCUAAUAGGCCACCCUGUGUGUUAGCAGUUUUAUCCUUAGCUUUAAUACGGGGUGUAUACCAAUAUGAAAAACCGACAAAACCAGGAAUUAUUAUGAAAUUUUAUAGAUCUGGGAAUAUCCGAGGAUUUUUCAAAUUUUCCUCAAUUUUUUUUUAAAUGUAAUCGGCCCUUAUUUACCAGGUGGUAGAUGUCACUAGAUUAUUGUGUUAAUAUAUCUCCAGUUUUAUUAUAUUCAGGUCACUUUCUACCUUUUAUAAGAUGUAAUGAAUCUUAGAAAAAUUUUCUUAUUUUUCUUCAUGUGAAUAUUUCUGGAAAAAUCACUAAAUAUUAAUUUACUUUUUGGUCAAAAUUUGGUAUAUGCCCUGUCAAUACGUAAAAAAUUAUACUAAAAUAACGAAUAAUUUAUUUUCAACUUUCUCUUUGUUUUGUUUUACAUUUCUUUUACCUCUCUAUUAUUCCUUAAGCAAGUAUAUUUUGUGCGAAACGGCUAGUGAGAUUACAUGUGAAAAUGUUGUGAAAAAUUUACCCUUCAAAAAGGUGCUAGCGAUAAAUUUUUCACAAAGAAAAUAUAUAUCUGCACAUAGAUAUUUAUUUAUAAAUAAAUGUAUAGAGAUCAAUUAUAAAGCAACCUUUAUUUACAAAUGUUUUUUUUUUGGGACUAGUAUUUUCCUUAAAUUGUUCGUAAAAGCGUAGCGUUUGGUAUUUUGCUAUGUUUCGAUGAAUUAUAGUGGAAUCCCAAAUAAGACAGGAUACACCAGUUGGCACAGAUAGAUGUUAUGAAACGAUAAAUUAUUUGUGGUUAGUCAAAUGUAUGAAUACGUUUUAGUGAGUACAGUCCUUAAUAAUUAUAAUCUUAUGUAUUUAUAACAUCUAGUGGAGGAAAUAUGUAAUCCCGAGGUGCUGUGGGCACAUUCCUUAAUUUACAUUCGUAUGUACUGAGAUGAUUAACACAUUCAAAUUUUGAAACAUUUUAAGAAAUUUAUAUUAAAACCAUUACCUAAGCGUAUUUAUUGCUAAAUUUCCUUUAAUAAUAUAUUUUUUUUGGAAUUCUAACGAUUAAAAUGAUUUGAAUAACGUUUAAUCAGCACAUAUCGUCUCGGUACAUAUUUAGGUGCAUUUAUAGAAUCGUUUCAGGUGACCUUCAUGAUUUGUUCUUAAUUUCAAAUGUGCAAACUUUUAACAAGUCAAAUACAUAUAUUUUCAAUAUUU